CAGAGGAGAUGCCUUGGAAGGGAGUGAUAGUGAAGAGGAAGAUGAUGUGGGAGAAUUCCCAGGGAGAAGAGAAGUGAUUGCCUUCUUAAAUUGGCUAACAUUCUGUGAUAAGUUUGUGGGUGCAUGCGAUGGCACUUUUAGGUUCAAGUAUCUGCAGUACCAUAAGAGAGGUGUUCUUAGAAGGUGUCCUACGUGGAAUGCUAAAUAAUGAAGAUGAGGAUACAGUAUCUCUUUACCUGGCAAUCACAGCCAAGAUCAUCACCUCUGUUUCAUCACCACUCCUUGUUAACAGUACAAUAUCUUGGUUGAGUGAAGAUAGUGUGGAGUUGGAAGGGGAUGAAUGUGCCAUGAGACACCAUGUGAUGAAGCUGUGUCAGCAACCCCCUCACCACUUACAAAUACAGGCCCUCAGAUUGCUGCAGGUUAUGAUAGAGAAACCAGGCAGCAUGGCAGUACAAUCCUUGGUGCUGAACUAUGUCAUGACGCGAGGCUAUCAUGACUCUUCUGCCGCUGAACACCAACAAAGCUCAUGGUCAGAUGAAGAAGAUGAAAGAUACAAACAUAGAGAAGGCGAGACAUCUCCAGGAUCUGUACCCAUCAGUAGGACUUUGGCUCCUACUAACAUUAACAAAAUAGUCAAAAGGUUUUUGAUGGUUGUACCUGAAGAAUUGCGCUCUACCAACAAAGAUGACUUUGAGAGCUACAUGGCAGAUGCUGAACGGCAGUAUAGAGAUGUGUGUCGGUCUUGUGUCUCCUUUGGCUGGCCACGAGAGGCAGUGACACCUGAGUGUCCAUCUGACUCCUCCUCCACUGCUUCCCGUGAAUCUCGACCUGAAGCAGAAGGGAGCAGCUUUUAUGAGGGUCCUCUCUUGCGCAUGCUAAUGGACUUCCUGGAGCACUUACCUGAUCAGGACUAUGACAUCAAUCUCCAAGUGACCUCAUUAGUGGCUACCUUAGCUCUCCUUCCACACCCACACCUUCACGAAUACCUCCUCAACCCGACGGUAACACUGUCGGAAGGUGUGAGAACCCCCUGCACUGUGUUGUCUUCUGUGGUAUCCAAGAUCCAUCAGCCGAUAGUAGAACGUGAGGAUUAUGUUGAUCACUUGAAGGUCACCAGGUACCAGCUCCUUGGAACUAUGGAAGAGUUUGAUUUUGAAAGAGAUGAUGAUGACCGCAAAUUUGAAGCUUUAAUUGUGAUUGAAGAAUUUACCAAGGAAUUAGCAUCCAUAGCAUAUGCCAAUACAGAACAGAAUGUAAUGGAUAAAGUAAGUACCUGGUGCCACUGGUGAUUGAAAAGCAGAAGACCUAGACUCUUCAUUAGCUUUAGAUAUAGUUUAUGUGAUAAAGAAAAUGGUCAAGUGAUCUUGUUAUAUUUUUCUCGAAGUCUUAGGGCAUUGCUGAGGAUAUUUGGUGACAUGAUAUGGUGUUGGUCAUGAGACACUAGUAUAUAUGGUGUGGAGCUGCUUUGUUUUACUUUUUUAAACAGCUUUUGAUUUGUGACCA